AUGGCCGACCAAUUCGCCUAUGCGAAUAUGCAACAAGCAAGUCAAGCUGGAUAUCCUCCCUUCCACUAUCCUACAGCAAGUGGUGACCAGAAUGCCCAAUUACUUCAGGGUUAUGCACUUUCCCAACAAGGAAAUCCAGCCGCUGGAGUUCCUGGCUCAAUGUUUGGAGCACAGUCAGCUGCUUCAUAUAAUUUCGAUCAAACCGCAUCUGGUUACAACCAGUCCUCAUCCAUCCCUGUAUGCCAAGUAGACGGUUCCCAAGUUUCCAUGCAACCUGGCGCUGGGGGUUUUGCCUAUCCUAACUAUUCUGGGUCUUUCGGCCACUAUCCUGGAAUGGGGCAGGGUAUGCCUCCUGGACUUUCAGCUGUCCAAGCAGGAUUCAGUACAGAUAUGCAGCAGUUUGGCCCACUAAUGGCCAAUGCAUUUGGGCAAACAAUGUCUGCUAAUGGGGCGAUUUUAGAGGCAAUAGCUCAUGAGCAAGGUCUUGCAGGUUUUAAUCCAGUCGCUUUUCUCCAAGACCCAUCUGGUUCGUCUACGCGUGGAAUGGGCACCGGCAGAGGCAGUAGCCAAAGAGGUGGAUAUAACAAGUUCAGCGGUUCACGGUCGGUAUCAAAUCUGCCAAGUGUCACUAAUCCUGAUGGUCUCCGCGAAGAUACGAUAUUUAUCAGUAAUCUGCCUCAGACGAUUGAUCAUGAAGUGAUGAAGUCUCAAUUUGGUGUUGUGGGAAAAAUUAAGAUCAAUUCAAAGAGUGGAAUGCCUAUGAUAUGGAUAUUCAAAGAGAAAGGCAUACCUAAAGGAGAAGCACUUGUAACAUAUGAAGAUCCCAGUUGUGUUCAAGCAGCGAUUCAGUGGUUCAAAGAGCACGAUUUCCUAGGGAAGAAAAUUGAAGUCAAACAGGCUAUCAACAGUCAGAGACCAGUCAUCAUCCCUCCUGGCGGUGGUGGUGGUGGACUGCUUGGAGGAAACGGAACUGGACCAAACAACCCCGCCGCUGCUCUGGCUGUGGCGGCCGUAGCUGCAGCUGCCAGUGGGAACACUGUGGCGAGUUUGAUGAACAAUAGUGCGGCCGCUGCUGCUAGUCUUGCAGCUCUCACAGCUAGCAAUCCCCAGCUUGCUGCUCAUUUUGAAUCCAAAGACUAUCAAGGUAUGGGUCGUGGGGGAAGUACAGCAUCUCGUGGAGGAAGUCGUGGAGCAGUCACAAAUGGCUCUGCUGCCGCUGCUCCGGCUGCUGCUGCUGCCGCUGGACGAACGCACUCUGGCUCAGCUCAAGCCGGUUCUAGAGAAGGCGAUUGGAGUUGUCCUCAGUGCGGCAAUAUUAAUUUUUCCUGGCGUGAACAGUGUAACAGAUGCCAGUCAACGCGUACUGGUGAUGGAUCUGGUGGCGGAGAUAUUGACGCUAAUGCCAGGAAUAAUAAUAAUAUGAAUGCAGUCGGCCGUCCUGCUCAACCUCCUGUUGCAAAUAUGAAUUCUAAUCCUCAACAAAAUGCCCCUGGAUAUGGACGAGGUGGUGGAGCGAAUCCUUCGGCGAGUGGUAAUCGUGGUGGACGAGGUGGUGGUCCCAUGCGUGGAAGUAGUGUUGGUACUGGUCGAGCACGUCCAGCACCUUAUUAG